UUUCCAGGUUGGAGGACCAGGAGCACCUGCAGGCUGGAAUAUUUUCACUGGACCGAGUUCAAACUGUGGAGGGAAGGAGAGAAAAAAAGUCGGAGGCAGCGGCAUUACGACAUUCUUUCUGCUGGAAAAAGAAAAAAGUGGGAUUUAAAGAAGUUUCUUAGAAGAUCUGCAGCAGAAAGUCCCGACCAGCUCCCGGUUCUGUCCGGUUCGUUCUGCCGCACCAUGACACGGACACAUGACGGAGGGAAGCACCGGGACCUGCAGCCUCCGGACUGUCCGCUGGAGAAGCUUUUCCUCAGAGGAUGAAGGUUCUGCUGCUCUAAUUCCGACCUUCACACCAUGAAGCCGCUCCCAGAGCUUUAGGAUGAAACUAGCGAGGCGCGUUUUCCUCCUGCUCAGCUGCUGGACUCUGCUCGACCCGCGUCCCGUCCUCGGUUCCCUCAGCCGGAGCAGACCGACAGACCGACACCUCCACCGACCCGGAGACGGAGAGCAACCCCGGGGAGAACCGGCGGAGGAGCCGGCGGGACGUGGAGACCGGCGCCGGUGCGGAUUACGAGAAUCCGCGCGGGUCCGCCGUUACUUAAAGAACCGAGCGCUCGGUUUGGGGCGCAAAGAGGCUGCGCGCUCCUGGCCGCCCGCCGGGGCUGCGCACGGUGAAGCCCCCGCAGCUCUGAACGCGCAUGCAGCCGGUAGAGGAACCGGAGCUGCUGCUGCUGGAGGCGGAGGAUCACCGGGGAAAAGUUCCGGUAAAGUGGCCACCAGAGCAGCCGCCCAGAGAGCCGCCGGUGCGCAGCAGCAGAGCGCGGCUCCGGUGGCGCAGCGCGGAAACACCGGCAGCAGCGGCGGCAAGGCACCGAAGCCGAGCCACCGGGAGGCGCAGCAGAAGCAGCCGCUGGUGGUUCCUCACGACUACAUGCUGUCGCUGUACUGGUCUCUGAGCACCGGGGAGCUGAACGGCAGCGCGCUGCACGACGCGGGUCUGGCCAACACCGUGACCAGCUUCGUGGAUAAAGGACAAGAUGAUCGAGGGCCUCAGCUGCGACGGCAGAAGUAUCUCUUCAACAUCAGCUCUCUGGAGCGCGAUGGGCUGCUGGGGGCGGAGCUUCGUAUCCUGAGGAAGCGUCCGUCGGACCCCCGGUGGGCCGACGGAGGCUCCACCUGGCUGAAGCUGCUCACCUGCUCAGGUAAACAGAAGACGAUGCUGCUGCAGACCAGGACGCUGGAGGACCUGCAGGGCUUCGGCGGCCGCUGGGAGGUGUUCGAUGUCGGGAAGUUCUUCAAAACGUCCAGGCAGCAGCCGGAAAAGCAGCUGUGUCUGGAGCUGGAGGCUGUGGAGCUCCGCGGCGGACGCCCGGUCGACCUGCGCUUGCUGGGCUUCUCCCGCCUCAGCCGGACCAACAAGGAGAAGGCCUUCUUUCUGGCGUUCGGCCGGAGCAAGAAGCACGACCUCUUCUACAACGAGAUCAAGGCUCGGUCCGGCCACGACAACAAGACCGUCUACGAGUAUCUGUUCACGCAGCGGAGGAUGCGACGAGCUCCAGCAGCCAGAGGUGCCAAGAAACCGCCACCUCCUCCUCCACCUCCACCACCACCUCCUCCACCGCCGCCGCAGACCCUCCCCCAGCACCAGGCGGUGAAGACCAGGCCUCGCUGCCACCGACGGCGACUCCACGUCAACUUCAAGGAGAUGGGCUGGGACGACUGGAUCAUCGCGCCGCUGGAGUACGACGCCUUCCACUGCGACGGCGCCUGCGACUUCCCCAUCCGCUCACACCUGGAGCCCACCAAUCAUGCCAUCAUCCAGACGCUCAUCAACUCCAUGGACCCUGAUUCGACGCCGCCCACCUGCUGCGUGCCGACCCGCCUCAGCCCCAUCAGCAUCCUCUACAUCGACUCGGCCAACAACGUGGUGUACAAGCAGUACGAGGACAUGGUGGUGGAGUCGUGCGGCUGCAGGUAGCAGCGAGAAACGCUCGUUCACGUUACGACCCCGAACUGGAGCGCCGAGCGGACCGGACUCCUCGCUGCAUACCAGCGAUGGUGGAGACUAAACAGGACGGCGAGGCUCAGCAGCAUCUCUGAAACCGAUGAGUCACGUCGAUGUUGGAGCAGACAGAUAACAGAGACGCUAUCUGUCAGGAAAAGACUCCUCAGAUGUACAAAGUUGAAACAUUAAGUGAAUUAUACUCAGAAAUGCCCUUUUUUCCAGCACUUAUCUGAUGGAGUCUUGUGUAUCCUUGUUCUAAAGCAUGUGAGGAAUCUGUGAUGUAUAAAUACGGGCCAGUGAUGGAGUGCUCGUCUGACCUGCUCCAAAUGUGGGAAAGUUGAAUAAACUAGUCUUCAAUAAAAAAUGCCUAACUGACUGAGCUCCAAACUGCUAUCAGUGUGAACCUCAGACUAAACUAUCGGAGGAAUUUCUGGGUUUUUCAGAAGCCAAAAUUACAGUUUAACCCCAGAAUGACUGAUAAUCGUCUAGGUUAACAAACGGCUGCAAGUCUAGCUGAAGACAGGAGGAAAGGUAGAAGAAAAGAGCACUCAGUGGUAAAAACCAGAUGUAAAAUAGUUUAGAAGAGACUCACUAUGUCCAAAAGAAGAUGUAAUGUGACCAAUAAGACAUUUAUAAACGGUCAAACCAAGAUGCAACAUGACCAAAAGAACAAGCAUGAUGAACGAUAUGCAAAGUGACCAGAAAGGCAAUCAAAAUGUCCAAAACAAGAUGCAAAAGGUCCAAAAGGACAUCGGAAACAGCUAAAACAAGAUGUAAUAUAAUGAAAUGGAUGCUCAAAAUGUCCAACUCAAGAUGCAAAGUAACCAAAAAAUUACUAUGAAUAUCUGAAAAGACACUGAAAAUGUCGAUAACAAGAUGCAACAUGACUAAAAGGACACUGAAAAUGAACAAGCAUGAUGAACAAUAUGUAAGGUGACCAAAAAGACAAUCAAAAUGUCCAAAAUUAGACAUAAAACAACCAAAAAGACACGAAAAAUGCCCAAGACAAGAUGUAAAGUGAGAAAAAACUUGUAAAAUGUCCAAAAUAAGAUGCAAAAGGACUCUCAGAAAUACCUUAACCAAGCUAUAAAAUAAUGGAAAGGACACUGAAAAUGUUCAGAACAAAAUGCAAAAUGACCAAAAAGACACUGAAAAUGAACAGGCAUGAUUAACAAAGUGAACAAAAAGAAAAUAAAAUGUCCAAAACAAGACAUUGAACAACCAAAAUGAGAAACAACCAAAGGGACACUCAGAAUGUCCAAAACAAAUGCAAAGUGUCAAAAGGCUCGGAAAACGUCCAUAGUUGGACAUUAAAGGCCAAAAGGACACCGAAAAUGUCCAAAGCAAGACAUAAAACAACUAAACGACCAAAAGGACACUAAAAAAAACCUUAAACUAGAUGCAAAAGUAUGGAAUGGACACUCAAAAUGUACAAAACAAGAUGCAAAGGAACUAAAAAGACUUUAAAUGUCCAAAACAAGAUGAAAAACUACCGAAGGGACACUCAAUACGACCAAGAAAGGCACAGAAAGACACUCAAAGCAGCUAAAACAAGACGCAAAGCACUGAAGUAAACAAAAAACAGAUGCAAAGUGAUCUAAACUACACUCAAAAUCUCCAACCUAAGAUGCAAAACAACCAAAAAGAUGUUGAAACUGUUCAAGACGAGAUAUAAAGAACCAAACGGACACUGCAAAUGUCCAAAACAUGAUGCAAAAUUACCAAAAAAGAAAUGAAAACAUCCAAAAUAAGACGUAAAACAACCAAAAGGACAAAACGGACACUCAAAAUGUCCAAAAUUGGACAUUCAACAACCGAAAAGAUGCUGAAAAUGUCCAAACUAAAAUGCAAAAGUGAUCAAAAAGGCCCUCAAAAUCUAGAAAAUAAGGUGCAAAACAACCAAAAGGACAUUUAAGAGGUCCUAAAUCAGUUGUGAAGCAGCCAAAUGGACGCUGAGGACGUGUGAUCGUUGCAUAAACUGGUGUUUGGUAAAAUGAGCUCCAGACUUUCAUCAGACUAAACUUUGUGAGGAAUCUGUGAGAUUUUAAGAAUGAAGACGUCAUGUUCUCUGCUAAUGUAAUCACCGCUCUGAAUCUGGAUUAAAAUAACAUCCUGGAACAUUCCAGAGCUCAGCUGAUUAAACAUUCUCCGGUUGACAUGAAGCCGAUUGUUAUUUCCCUGAUUAAUGGUUCAUUUCAGCAAGAAUUUCUCUGGUGGCAGCUUCCUGCUGGUGGGAAUGUUUUUACCGUUUUCCAUUGAUUAUUAAAGAAGAUCCUUGAAGAUAAA